AUGGCGCCCAGGAUGGUGGUCGCCAGGGGCUGGGAGGAAAGGGGUGAAGAUGUUCUGGAGCCGGAGGUGUUGGCCGCGCAAAACCGGAGCCGCAGCCUUGCACACUUCCAACUGGUCAGCUUCACGGGCCCGUGUGCCCCCGAGGCGCCCCCGGGGCAGAGAGCCCCAAGGGAGGCCGAUGACAACCGACCGUCUUGGAAACAGACCUCAGGGCUGGGGCUGGAGUCCUGGUCCUGCCCCCUGGGCCCCACUGCGACCCGCGGCCCCGCGCUCUGCCCUCUGCUCCUCGGACAGAACCACAGGGAGAGGGCUGCCCCAGAACCCUCAGCACCGGAGGGGGGUCUGCCAGGGUCUGGGCACCACCCCGCCCCCGAGGGGGCGGCCCGCAGUGAGCCCAGCUCCUCUGGUUCCCAGGCAGGCGGGCGCCCUCAGGAGAGGCCCCGGCGCUUUCCGGACCCGCAGGUGCGCCUGCCUGGCCCUCUUCCAUCCCGGUGGGGCAUCGCACUGCGUUUCAUUUUCAAGUCUGGUUACCACAGAUGCAAAAUGAAAAAUGAGCCGCUGCCCCAGCAAAUGGAGCCGCUCGGCGUGAAAUGCAAUAACCCCGGCGAGGACCCGGGCGGCGGGUCCAGCAGACAGAUUAAGCAGGCACGCGCCGGGAAGCUGCCCUCGGCGGCGAUCAGGGGCGGCGGCCGCGGCGGUGCCCGCAUGGACACAACAGAUGCCCGCAGACACAGGCGCGCCGGCCAGGUGGGGCCCUGCCUGCCCCUCGGGCCUGGCUCCAGGCUGCACACAUCUGGGGAGGUUUGAGGACUUUCA